GUGUUUCCUUGUAUUUACACAUGAAAGUCGCGUUGCUCGGCCGACCCGCAACUGUGGCGCACGCCUGCUGCACCGCCACGUGUGGGUGUCGCGGUGCUGCUCGCUGCGCAAAGCCAAAAUGCUUCACUCUCCGGCAAGGCCAAUGCGGCGCUACUACGCUCCACCAACUCUUACCGACUCAAAUAUGCUGGCGUCUUGACCUUUAGACUCACGCCAUACUAUUCAUUCAGUUCAUUUAGGAUGCCAUCAUAAAUCUUCCUUGCUAUCCUCUCCGCUUUGAGAUCCCUUUGCGCUCCUCCCGGGCCGCCUCGCCAUGAAGAAAGGAAUCUCGAUCAACCUUUUGUCGCAUUGGAAAUCAUUGCUCGGCCCAAAUGGCUGAGCCACGGCGACUUACGGACCUAAUCCACGGUCACGUAGGAAGCUUAACAUAUCUUCCUUCGAGGGAUGCACGAUCGCAACCAGGAGUUCUUCACACCAGUCGCAUCACAUCGAACGCACCACAUUUCAACGUGAUAGGCUCCUCAGCUGAGCUGUAUCCUCCAUCAAGAAGACCAGUCCCUGAGGCAUCUUCAAGUUUGUGGCAGGAACGCCGGACGCAAAAGCGAUGGCUUCUUCAGGCUCACCCCGAAGCCUUCAUGGGCAACUCUGCACUCCAGGGUCUCUUAGAAGAAAAUAUGAAUCGCUUUCAGAAAUUCGAAGGUGAAACAAACGACAAGCCAUUGCUUGCUAUUGGUCAAAUGACCAACGUUCGAGAUCCUUCCCGAGUCUCAGGCGCGCGGAUGCUCGCAGCGGCGACAGGGGAGUCUGGCGAACUUCUACGACUAGCUCGAAUCGACGAGUCGAAAUGGCAAUGGGGAAAGCACAAUGACGUGGCCUUGAACCUAUCGGUCAUUGAUCCUGACGAUCCUGAUGAGGAGGCGUUCUGGAUCAGCGAUGGCCUGACCAUCUCACAGGUCAAGUUUGCGACGAGUCUCACCAGAUAUGACACUGUACGUUGGCUUUUGGUACAGAAGCAAACAUCGACUGCGAUCCUUCAGCCUGAGUACCACAAAGUUCCGGUGAUUCAGAAGGAGCCGAUCGAGCUGAGUGAUCAGCAACGGCCAUCCCGAAUUGACCCGAACCCAGCAGUGACACUGUCCCACAAACAAACAGGUGGCAAUGCACACACGGACGUCGCUUUCAAUCCAGGUGUCAAGGGACAGGCACCACAAUUGGCCAUCAUCGAUGAGUGCGGAUACUGGAGUGUCUGGGAUGUCCUGGGAACCAGCACCUUUGGGAAGAACACCAUGCGUCUCUCGAUCAAUAAAUGCGGACACAUAUCAGAAGGUUUCUUGAAUGAGAUACCCACCACUCCAGCAUUCCCAGCCGAAAAGCAUGGUCUUCUCUUUGUGGGAACUGCUGAGGUUGACAGCUUUUGGAACGAUCUGUCCCAGGACUCCGAGGAAGCUGGCGGUUUCGCAUCUCGUUCGCAGCAUAUUCUACUUUGGAAUCGUGAGAAGUUUGAAGUUGUGGACCUUGUGUCGAAAAUGGCCCUUCCCAAGCUGCCGAACUUCAAGACAGCCAAAGCAACGCCGGAUUGGAUACUUGAUAUUCAGGUCAGCCCGGUCAACCAAAACCACGUCUUUGUCCUGUCGAUGCGAUGCCUCUACUGGAUUGAUUUGUUCUCAUCCAAAACAGAAGAGGAAGCAUCGUCGCGACCAUCAAUCCUGAUUGCCUGUCCCCAUUUAAUAGAUGGGGAGGGGCUAAGAAUGACCACCUGCCGGGCUUCCGAGAAGAGAGACCAAGGCGCCGCUAUGGUGUUCACCUAUUCUCCGAAGCUUAGACAGACGCAUGCUUAUUGGUUUGGGCAUGCUACAGAGCAAGGUCUUCCACAAUGGCAUCGCCAGAUACUUACCCUGCCCCACGAUAACGACCCUACACACGUUGGCCCUGAGAUUCAGUCCCUCGAAAUCCAUCCUGCUACCUUGACUCCAUUGGGGAGCCAGGCUAGUGGUCCAGGGUCCAACUACCAUCGUAACGGGGUUCAUUUCUACCAGGGGAGUAUCCUUGGAAAAGAUCUAAGUGUGCGGUACUGCAUAUUCGCUUCCGUCCUGGAUCAGAGUAUCGACGUGACCCUUCCUACAACCCGAAUUGGACGGACAAAGUCCGAUGAAGCGCAACGUUGGAAGAGAAAACGAAAGAACUUUCUUCGUCAUAUGGGAACUACGUUUGUGCUCCCAGAUGGCAUCACUGAGGCUCAUCUGGACUCACUUGUGCGACCGAAUCCCCGUUCAAGUAUGCCCUUGGGCCUCGGUGACUCGACAGUUGCGCUGGGCGAACGUCCCAUUCAGUUAAAGUUUGAUACCCUCUGCCAAGCACUCCAGGGAGCUAUUGUGAGUGCUGCGGGCAAUCCCCAACGUGACAUCUCCUCGGCGUUGCUCUCUGCCGUUCAUGAAACAAUCGAAAACGGGUUGGCGAUUGGGAAACUUUCACUUACCACAUGGAAAGAAAUCGAGGAAGAUCUAGGAUCACUAGAUCAAGGUGCAGGAGACGAUGCUGCACAGAAUGAUAUGCUUGAUCUGUUUCUCAAAGACGACGGAGAGACUGUUGUCACGCAGCUUGGAAGACGCUCCCGAAAUGAAUCCCUGGGAUCGUUUGUCAGCUUGUCACAGCUCACCCAGUCCUUCUCGGGUCUCUGGCUGGAACCUCUUGAGGGGAGGUUAUCAGAGGAAAGCGAGGAAGCAAGACGAGGUUGGGUGGCAGACCUCGCUAGGGAGUGCUUUUUGGCUACUUCUGGAGUCAUGGUUCAAGACACCGCGCUCUUAGGAGCCGGCCAUGACAAUGCUGUGAAUAGUCAGCAGAAUCGGUUCGACUCAGUCCCCAUCAAGUCCUCUCAGUCACUCCCUUCUAGCAUCCCGUCAUCACCUGUUAGCACCACCUCAGUCAGCACUAAUGAUGCCGCGAUUCGGCGGCUACAGCUGCUGUCGCCGUCCAUCAUAUCCGAGAAAAUGGCAUCCGCACAUACAUCCAGUGUUCUCUCAUACUGGCCGAAAGAACGCGGUAUUGGUACGGACGACUACGUAUCCAGUGUUGCGGUGGCGAGUGACAAAAAGUUUGAUGUGGCACGGCAACGACUACAUAAAAUCGAGACGAGGCGCAAGGCCCAUGCGGAGAAGUACAAGCCCUCGGCCUUCAGGAGACAGGGCGCAUCGCAGCUUGGACGCCGAAAGGAUGACGGCCUUGAGCUGCCACAACAACGGAUGCCGGUGCAGGCGCCGGCGAUGCAGGCCAUGUCGAGUCAACAGCGAGUUCCAGAAUCAGCACAAAGCAUGGGCUUGCCUGGCCCAUCAGUAACAAUGAGCCAGCCGGUCUCAGGCAUGUUUGGAGAUCGCAAGAAGGUUAAGAAAGCGAAGAAGAGGAGUGGAUUCAGGUGAAGAAGUUCACAUCAUAGGAGACGGGUUUGGAUUCAAGCAAAGAAAGUCUCUACAGGUUCCCCAAGAACCUGAAGGCGACAUUCCUAGUUGGACAAUGGCGACUCCGCGCGCCCAGUUCCUACAUAGAGUUGGAUUGCUGGUUAAAUCAACCUAAUAUUAAUACACCAGGCAUUCAAGUCACUUACAAUGCUUCAUAAAGCCAGACCCAAUAUUUUUUUGCCUUGACGCAGUUUCUGGUCGUUCUGUGGUGAUACCAGUUAGCUCUGUAGACGUUGAACUCUGCCGAGUAACGCAC